UUGUGUGUGUCUGUGGUAACGAGAUGAAUCCCGCGGUGGGGGAGGCGGACUCUAAAAGAUAAACAGACAGUCGAUAUGGCGUCGACAGCAGCAGCUCUUGACACUGCUCGGACCCGGCCCACCGGCUCCUGACUGGGGGACGUUCACCACCUCACUACCCGGGGGAAGAGCUCCAACUUGGGGAGCCGUCGAAGACCUGAGGUCCGCCUUCACAGGACUUCCCAGCAUGCUUUACCAGUGAGGAAAUGAGUGUUGUUGGGGAAAGUGGGGCGGAGCCUCCCAAGGGGGCGGGGCUCCUGAAGAGGAAAGACUGUCGCAAUGACGACCUGGCGCCGAGCCCAAAGAGGAGCAGGGAGGAGGAGGCCCGCUACGUAGAGGAGCUAGCUGAGCUGAUUAUCGCCAACCUGAACAAGGAGGAGGAGGAGGAGGAGGAGGGGGAGGAGGUGAUGAAGAAGGAGGAGCAGCAGGAGGCGAAGGCCGAUCUGAAGGAGACACUGAGGAAGAUAAGACUGAUACAGGAGCAAGAGCGCGGACCCCCCCACGGCCCCUCCAGUCCCGAGCGGCUUCAGCAGGCCCAGGUCUCCUCCUCUGGGGGCGGAGCCAUCGACAGACACGCCCUUGGGCCCCUGAUGCUGGAGGCCCUGGACGCGUUCUUCCUGGUGGUCGGGAGGGAGGGCACUCUGGUGUUUGUGUCCGACAACGUGAGCCAGUACCUGGGCUGCCAGCAGGGGGAGCUGCUGGGCACCAGCCUCUAUGACCUGCUGCACCCCGGAGACCAUGCCCACUUCCUCAACCUCCUGCCGCCCCGUAACCACGUGAAUGGGCGGGGAUCAGAAGCAGCCAAUAGGAGCAGCCACACCUUCACCUGUCGCAUGCAGGUUAGCCCUGUGUGUGCGUUGGCCGCACCGUCCCCCUCCCACCACCAGGGGCCGCUGCGGUACCAGACCCUGCAGUGCUUCGCCGUCUCAGAGCCCCGGAACAUCAGACAGGAAGGAGAAGAGUUCAGGUCGUGUCUGAUCUGCGUGGCCCGCCGGGUCCCAGGAAGAGAAAGGUCUGCCCCUCCGGCCUACGAGAGCUUCACCACCCGCCAGGACCUCCAAGGGAAGAUUCUGUCCCUGGACACUAGUGCCCUGCGGGCCGCGCUGAGCCCCGGCUGGGAGGACCUCGUCCGCUGCUGCAUCCGCCGCUUCCACCGGCCCCGCCCCCCCGACCACGCCUCCUACGCCAAGAGGCACCACCAGGACGUGGUGAGACAGGGCCAGGCCUCCAGUCCGGUCUACUGGUUCUCCAUGGCUGACGGUUCCGUGGUUUCCGCCCACACUAAGAGCCGGCUCCUCCCCUCCCCCAACAGCCAAUCACAGCUCUACAUGUCCCUCCACAUCCUGCAGAGGGAACAGAAACCAGGGGGGUUGAGUCCUGGCCAGCGAUUGGCCGACCUAGCAGAUGGCCCCUCCCCAGAAGCCACUGUCAGUAGUACCCCCGGCCACCCCGGCCCCCAGGACCCCAACCCCGCCGGCCCCCCUAGCAUCACCCUGGAGCCCCCCCUCCUGGGGCCCACCUCCACCACGGGGCCCUCCUAUAUGACGGAGACCUCUUCCACCACGGGGACCUCCUCCACCCUGGGAACCUCCUCCACCCUGGGACCCUCCUCCAACCCGGGGCCCACCUCCACCAUGGGGCCCUCCUCCACCGUGGGGCCCUCCUCCGUCAGCAGCAGCAGUAGCUCCGGGCCAACGUACCUGCUGGACCGGGACGACCUUCAGGAGAGAGGAGGAGACCAGGAGAAGGUCACCAGGCAGGAGCCCGCCAGGGCACAGCAGGCCAGUGAGCUUGAGGACCUACUGGAAGACCCCCAGGGCAGGGCUCCAUACCGGCUCUGCCCAGGAAAGAUAGCUGGAAGACGGGCCUCUUCCCCCCUCUCCUCCUCCUCCUCUCUCCCCCUCCCCUCCGCCUCCUAUCUCACCCUCUCCACCUCCUCUCUCCCCCUCUCCUCCACCUCGUCUCCCCCCCUCUCCUCCACCUCCUCUCUCCCCCUCUCCUCCACCUCCUCUCUCCCCCUCUCCUCCUCCUCUCUCCCCCUCUCCUCCACCUCCACCUCUCUGGACAAUCAGAGCAUCAUCAGUGACCUCCUGCAGAUGAUGGAGAGUGUACCUAGCACCACCCAGAACCCAGCCUCACACCUGCUGGCCUCCAGGGGGGCCCCCCCACUGAGGGGCGUGUCCCCCGCCCCGGCCCCUGGCCCUGCCCAGCCCCCCCCCACACACAGAGUCAGCGCCCUGCAGCAAGGCAUGCUGGGAACACCUGACGGGGGAGUGGCCAACACGGAGAUGGAGAUGACAAGCCCCGCCUACUCCCAGCAGCAAGCUCCGCCAAAUCAGAUGGCGCCUUGGCCCAACCGCACGAUGACCAUGCAUCACUAUGGAAACCAAAACAGGCCGGCGUACGGGGGACCCGCGGGGGGGGAGGGGGCUCUGCUGAGCCAGCUCUGCCUGGUGCUGAGGGACCUGGAGGGGCUGGAGGCGAUCGACCACAUGCUGGGCAUCCCGGGGCUGGCUGGACAGGGCCUUCCCUUGGACCAGGACCACUUGUUGACCUCUGACCCCACGCUGGGUAUGAACCCCCCCCACUACAGCCAGCUCUACCCUUACCAGGGCCCCCCUGCCCGCCCCCAGGCCUAUACUGACCUCCAGCCACGCCCACCCGGGUACUCCCCCAUGGUGGGGGGCCCCGGGAUGGGGGGGAUGUGGCGGUCUGAGGGCGUCCGCAUGGCCCCCCAACCUGGCACCCUGAGGCUCCAGCUGCAGCACCGGCUCCAAUCCCAGAAUUGGCAGCCAAUUGGAGGCCAGAUGGGCGGGGCAUCCAACAUGAAUCUACCUCUCAGGUCCAAUCUACCUAACCAGGGAUCCCUUAAUGUCCAGAUGAUGUCUCAGCGUCAGUACCUCAGUCACCACCUGCGCCAGAAGCAGCAACACGUGCACCAGCCUCACUUGCCCCAGCAGAACGUGUACCAGCAAAACAUGCACCUGCAUCAGGUGCACCAGCAAAAUAUGUACCAACCAAAUGUGCAACAGCAUCACAUGCCCCAGCAAAACGUGUACCAGCAAAAUGUGCACCAGCAAAUGGACCAGCAUCACAUGCACCAGCAAAACGUGUACCAGCAAAACGUGCACCAGCAUCACGUGCACCAGCAUCAUGUGCACCAGCAGAGACCCAUCAUGAUGCAGGCGCCGGUCUUCACCCCAAACAUGUCUGGAACACAUGCUGGCUUCACCCCGGCCAAUGGGCAGCCGUUCUGCUACGGAGGGUCAGCCUAUGCCGGGCUGAACCCCUCGUCUCCUGACCCAGGGAAGGUGCUCCCUGCUGGGGCUCCUAGACCUCUGCUCGCCCUCCCCUCCCCCAUUCUGCUGCCCAGGCCCCAGCAGGCCCCGCCCCCUGCAGGGUCAGCCUACCAGACCACCUACGCCCCCAGCGGCUGGACGCAGCCCGCUAGCGCAACCGACGCUAACGUAGCCGACGCUAACGUAGCCACCGCUAACAGUAUGUAUUCCCAUCACCAGUUCCAGUACAGUCCGCAGGCCAAUGGGAUGUACAGCAGCAUCCUCAGCCAGGGCGUAACCAUGGAAACGGGGGCAGGGGGCGGCCCCGGCCAAAUGUCGGGUCACGUGACAUGCAUUGCCAGCGAGCAGGCCAGCGGUGGGAAUCUGGAGCGGCUACCUAAGGCUAGCAGGCUAGCUGGAGCGACCAUGCUAGCGCAGGAGAGCUGAAAAGUCUGCUGACGUCAUCUGAGCCACUGAGGUGCCAGCAGCCAAUAUCGGGCAUGGGAGUCUUCACAGCGCACCGAUCAACAAGAGCUAUUGCAAACCAAUAAACACUGUUCUCUCCACCACCUCAGGCAAUCGGGAGAAGGUGCGGGGAAUAACUAAAUGACUGGUACCUGGGUUAUCAUCACAGAGCUAACCCACUACAGAAUCGUGGUUAGCAUCGCAGAGCUAACUCACUAUAGAACCGUGGUUAGCAUCGCAGAGCUAACUCGCUAUAGAACCAUGGUUAGCAUCGCAGUGCUAACCCGCUAUAGAACCGUGGAUAGCAUUGCAGAGCUAACUCGCCACAUAACCGUGGUUAGCAUCGCAGAGUCUGAUUUUAGUGGUCGUAUGAACUGAUUUGUUGAAGACAGUUAGAAGUAUAUGUAUAGAUUAUUUCCGGAUAAUAUAUCCGUUAUAAAGUGCAUAUUUUAUAGUGUGGUAGCUUCAGGCCUUCUGGAUGUUCAGAGUUUAAUUGAUUGGAUUUCCUUGGAAUUGUGUUGCUACAGAAGAGCUUGGACACAUACAGAACCCCCCCCCCACACACACACACACACACACAGGGCGGGGCCUCAGACACAUACAGCCCCCCCACCCCCACACAGGGCGGGGCCUCGGACACAUAGAGCCCCCCCCACCCCCCCCCUGCUGACUCUGGGUCCAGGAGAAAGCCACUGAUUGUCCUGGUGCUAACGACUUGACUCUACUGAUUAGGUGGUUGAUAACUCCAUUGAUUCUGGUGCUGUAACCGGGGUAGGGACCACCCUGGAACUAAACCCGUCAGGAAACACAAAAGCCAGAGCCUCAAGCCACAGUGUGUCGUUAGACACACCUUCCAACCCAGGGUGCUUCCCUCUCUCUCUCUUCGUUUCCUUCUCCCUCCCUAUUUGUGAGUUGGGCAUUGAACCAGGCCGACCGACGGCUCACUCAGGGUUCACCUGUUGUUGGUCAAGCAGUGAAGUCCAUUCCGUUCAUCUUAUUGUUAUUGGGUUGUUUCUUUCUGUCUGGUGUGCAGAGUGAAACGAGAAGCAGACUUUUGAAUGUUUUAAAUCUCUCAGCAGAGUAUUCAUGACCAAACCUAUGCACAACAUUUCAAUUACGCGUGUGUAAAAUACGUAAUACGUUCAGAUAAUGAUUGUUUCCGAUUUACAUUUUUUACUUAAAUAAUAUAUAAGUACAGAUUUUUAUUAACUUAUAGAUGGUAUGUUGACCUGAUCAAUAACCCACGCUAGUACCUCUCUACCUAGUUAGACCCAUGCCUUAGCUUUGCCCUCAUUAGCGGUGUGGUUCACUAGGGCAGAAAGCGAUUGUUUCCUCUGUUGGUCUGAACCCUCUGGCCCAGGGCCGCACCCGCUAGGGAGCCUGGGGGGACACUUGCCUCCUGCAUUGACCACUCCUACUAACUAUUGGUUUAUCAAUCAACCAAGCUUACAUUGUGAUGUAUACAUUCUUUGGACUGGCCUCUGACAGUAUUAGCUUAGCUUGUCCUAGCUUAGCUUUUCCUAGCUCGCUAACGACCACAUUCCGGUCCCAAACCUUAGCAUGGCUGCAUCAGCUCUUUAGAGCUCACGAGUGGUAGGUUGAGAGUUGAAGGUACACAUUUUGUGCACACCUGAGAUGUAAGUGUUGAGGAUUGGAUAUUUGUAUUAUAAAACCACCGUUUAACCUCAUCACUAAUGACUCGAAAAGGCCAGCCUGUUAUGUUUAGCCCCAUCACUAAUGCCAGCUUGUUAUGUUUUGAUAGUUUUCUUUACUUCAGUCUUGUUAUGGGAAUGUGACUAGCUAGCGAACACGUUUCUUGUUUUGUACAUUAGCAUUUUAUUUUUUCUGGUUUGCCCAGAGAUUUUAUCGAGUGUACUUAAUCACAGUCAUGGUUACAGUGGGCGGGGCAUCAGCACCAGUUAGCCUGACGACCGGCCCGGGUAUCAGAUUAUGCUAGCUGACUUGUGAUCCAUGCCACUGUAAAUAAAUCUAAUUUUUAUUGAAUGGAAGAGCCUUUGUUUUCAUGCCUGUAAAGGUAAACAGGGAGAGGGGUGUUGGUGUUUACCUUGUUGUUUGUCUAUUUCCACAUUGUUUCAACCCAAUCAAUGCCUAAUUAAGUGAUAAGUAGUAGUUCCCUUUGUGAUCAGUAGUAGUUUCCUUAGUGAUUAGUAGUAGUUCCCCUAAGUGAUUACUAGAACUUCAGUAGGUGAGUAGUGGAAGUUCAGUGAUUAGAAGUAAAUCUGUAUACAUAGGGCCUUCUUUAGAACUUUAAUUUGUACGAUUAAAAAAUGUAUCAUCACAUAUUGACAUCUUAUAUUCAGCAAUCUCACGCAACCCUUCCUCAGGUCAGACAAGGGUCUCCCACCCCUCAGGUCAGAGCAGUGGGACCUGCACAGAGGUUAUCAGAGGGGGCAUCUUAUUGAAUACUUCACGUUGUGGGUGCUUUUGUUCAGAUCAACGUGACCUUAUUUACAAAGAUUGUAAUUGAUUUCCCAUAUUUAGAGAAGAAUCGGAGCAUAGGACACAAGGAUGAGGAGUGAAAAGCAGCAUAAGGAGGGGGGAGAUGAAUACACGAGGGAGACAGAGGGAGACGCCCGUAUGAAUAACGAGGAGAUGAGCAGCAGGGUGGAGAGACUAG